CACUGUCCAGGAAAAGAUAAAACUAUGGCCGAUGGUUCGGGAACGCAACUGCUGGGGAGGGCAUGUCGAGCGGCUGACAGGGCCCUUGUGCAAUGGCCUUUUGAUCAAGCAAGAAUAUGCGUAGCCAAAUUCCUAGUGCGUUUCUGGAAACGAUAG